AUGUAUAGCGUCCGGAGUCGUGAGGAGAAGGCCAUGAGCAUCGCCGGUAUGAAUCUGGAUACGGGCCACGGGUCGCUGACCGUGACGGAAGGCGUGCGCGUCGAGGCGUCGCCCUGUUUCCUGCCCAACCACUCGAACCCGGACGAGGGGCGCUACAUCUUCGGGUACCUCAUCCGCGUUUCCAACGACGGCGAGGCGCCCGUGCAGCUGCUGGAGCGCCACUGGCGCAUCGCGGACGCGAACGGCGAGACGCACGAGGUGCGCGGGGAGGGCGUCAUCGGCGUGCAGCCCCGCAUCGAGCCGGGCGAGACGCACGAGUACACCAGCUUCUGCCCCCUCGGGACGCGGUGGGGGACGAUGGAGGGGUCGUACCUGAUGGUGCGCGACGACGAUUCCGUCUUCGAUGCGCGCGUCGGGCGCUUCUACCUCGUGGCGGAAGAGGACGAGGUCGAGAAGGCGCGGGAGGUAGCUGUUGCUCGGAUCGACGGAGAUCGCGACGUGCGUCGCGCGGCCGUAGACCUCCGAGAUCGGCACGAGGCCGAACGCGCGCGAAUCCUUCGAGAAGCUCCGGUUGUCGCCCAUGACGACGAUGUGCCUCUCCGGCACGGUGAACUCGGGGAACGAGGCGUAGCGUGCGAUCGCGGGCGCGACGGUGAUCGCGUGCGUCGAGGCGCCGAUGGUCUCGUCGAAGUGGAGCAGGUUGAAGUGGCGGCCGACCUCUUGGAUGUAUUCGGUGGAUUGCCCGGUCGGCGUGAGCGUGACGGGGGCGCCGUUGAGGACGAGGCGGUUGUUGACCAUCGCGACGGUGUCGCCCGGGACGGCGAUCACGCGCUUGACGAGGCGCGUCCCGUCCUCGGGCGAGGCGCACGUGACGAUCUCGCCCGGCGCCGGCGUGUCCCAGCGGGCGAUCCACGAGUGCGUGAAGGGCACGCGCAGGCCGUGGGCGAGCUUGUUCACCGUGAUGCGGUCGCCGAUGAGGAUGGUGGGCUCCAUGGAUCCGGAGGGGACGUCGUUCCAGUCCGCGAUGGCGCUGCGGAUCGGGGUGAGCACGGCGAUGGCGACGAGGAGGGGGACGACCCAGUUGCGGAGGAAUUGUCCCCGCUGGGUUUCACGCGAGGAGAUCCACCCAUGCUGAGCCACUUCACGACCACACUCGCGACUGUCGCGAACACCGCCACUCCCGCGGGCACCUCGCAGCCCGCGAUCAGCUUCGACUCCCUCAAAGAGGGCGACUUCGAGCAGUUCUGGGCGGACUACGGGCCGGUGCUCAUGACGUUCGCGGCGAAGGUCGUGGGGGUGAUCGUUCUCCUGCUGGUGGCGUCGAUCGUGGCGGGGUGGGUCUCGGCGGUGGUGUACAAGGCGACGAAGAAGUCCCGCCUGGACGAGACGCUCGCGAAGUUCUUCGCGAAGUCGUCGCGGUGGGGCAUCCUGCUGCUGACGUUCAUCGCGUGCCUCGGUGUGUUCGGCGUGAACACGACGAGCUUCGCCGCCAUCAUCGGCGGCGCGGCGCUGGCCAUCGGCCUGGCGUUCCAGGGCUCGCUCUCGAACCUCGCGGCGGGCGUGAUGCUGCUGCUCUUCCGCCCGUUCAACGUCGGGCAGGUGGUGAGCGUCGCGGGCCAGACGGGGACGAUCGACGAGAUCGGCCUGUUCGUGACGGAGAUGGACACGUUCGACAACCGGCGGAUCAUCAUCCCGAACAGCUCCGUCUUCGGCGCGACGAUCGAGAACAUCUCGCACCACCCGGUGCGGCGUGCGGACGUCUCGGUGGGGACGGACUACGACGCGGACCUGGACACAGUGCGCGAGGUGCUCGAGAAGGCGAUCGCGAGCGUGCCGGGCCAGGUCGAGGGACGCGACCCGGCGGUGGUGCUCCAGGACCUGGGCGAUUCGAGCAUCAACUGGUCGGUGCGCAUCUGGUUGAACGCCGAGGACUUCUGGCCGAAGAAGCAGGAGCUGACGCGGGCGGUCAAAGUGGAACUGGACAAGGCGGGCAUCGGGAUUCCGUUCCCGCAGCGGGUGGUGACGCUGGUGAAGGAUGGACAUCCCCACGCCCGCGCUCACGAUGACGGGGAAGGGGAUCAUCGGCGUGCCCACGAAGGGGACGCGGACCUGGCCGCCGUGGGUGUGGCCGCAGAGCAUGGCGUCGAUUCGUGCGCCGGCGUUUACGGCGCGGAGCACCUCUUCGUGCUCGGCGGUGUCGGGCUGGUGGGCGAGGAGGAUCGUGGGCGCGUCGCGGCUCGGGCCGAGGAGGGCAUCGGCGGCGAGGGUCUGGUCGGUCGAGAGGUCGCCCAGGCCGGCGAUGCGGAGGGGGCGCGAGCCGGGGAGGGCGAUCAGGCGCUGCCGGUUGUCGAUGACGUCUGCACCGACGCCCCGCAGCGCCUCGGCCAGCGCGGGGCCGUCGACCCAGUGGUCGUGGUUCCCGAGCACGGCGAACGCGCCGAGGCGGGCGCACUCGAUGAAGGGUCUGGCGAGCCGCGCCGAUUCUUCAAUGCGCGAGGCGUCGUUGUAGAGGAAGUCGCCCGUCAUUACCGCGAUGUCCGGGUUCUGCGCGAUCGCGAGGGCGUACGCGCGCCGGACGAACGACGCGGGGACGCGGGUGCCGAGGUGGGUGUCGGUGACGUUGACGAUCUUCAAUUGGCCGAUAUUUGCGCCGAAGCCGCGGAGGGUGAGGCGGUGUCGGACGACGCGCAGGUCGAAGGGCUCGCUCGCGACGCCCGCGACCGCGACGGCCGAGGGGGGGAGGACGACGGCGGCGCUCGCGGCGUUGACGAGGAAGCGCCGCCGGCUCGCGUCGGGCUUGUCCGGCGCUUUGGACGUCACGGCGAUCUUGCGCACGCGGAACGCGAUCAUCAGCGCGACGACGAUCCCCGCGACGCCGAGCGCGAUGGCGAGGCGCAGGUUCGCGGUGAGGGCGCGAGUGUGGGGGAGCUGGUCGAGCAGUUCGACAUCUCGCAGCCCGCGGUGUCGAAGCAGCUGCGCGUGCUGCGCGAGGCGGGGCUCGUGGAGGCGGAGCGCGACGGGCGUCGGCGCGUGUACCGGUUGUCGGAGCGCGAAUUCAAAAAGCUGGGGCAGUGGGUUCGGUAUUUCGAUCGGUUCUGGGACUCGAAGCUCGACGCGCUCGGGCGGUAUCUGGAUGAGGAGCACUUCUACCCGCACUCGCCGGAGCGGGUGUGGGUGGCGAUCACGGACCCGCGCGCGAUCGCGGAGUGGCUCAUGCCCAACAACUUUCGCGCGGAGGUGGGCGCGAAGUUCCGCUUCCAGGUGGACACGAUGCCCCUGAUGAAGAAGCUGACGGGCGUGACCGAGUGCGAGGUGCUCGAGUGCGAGCCGCCCCGGAAGCUCGUGUACUCCUGGCAGAUCGUCUGGGCGGACGAGUCGCGCGAGCCGCACGGGCCGAUGGUGAUCUCGUGGGAGCUGAUCCCCGAGAACGGCGGGACGCGGCUCGUCUUCGAGCACCGGGGGAUCGAGAACAUCCCGUGGAUCUACCGCUUCAUGAUGAGCAGCGGGUGGGGGCGGAUGGUCAAGCGGCUCAUCCCGAAGAUCGUGGAGAACGUCACGGCCGAAAUCGCGAUGAACAGUGGGACCAAGGUUGUUGCGGGCCUGUGCGCUCUUGGCGUGGCUGGCGUGUGCGGGGCGGUGCUGGACGGUCAUCUGCCGGAGAAGUUCGCGCCGGCGUUCAGCAUGCCGAGCGGGAUGUCGCCCGAGGAGCUCGCGUCGGACCCGGAGGCGAUGGCGGCGAUGAUGGCGGAGUGGCAGGCGAUGAACGCGCCGGGGGAUCACCACGAGCUGCUGACGUACUUCACGGGCGAGUGGACGACGGAGACGACGAUGUGGGUGGACAAGAACCAGCCGCCGAUGGUCACGGAGGGCACGGCGAGCGCCGAGAUGGUGAUCGGCGGGCGUUUCGUGCACAUGGAGUGGACGACGCCGAUGAUGGGUGUCGACAUGACGGGCGAGGGGUACAUCGGCCACGACAACGUCUCGGGCCGGUACCAGUCGAUGUGGAUGGACUCGGGGACGACGGCGAUGCGUUUCCUCGAGGGGCACUCGAACCGCGACGGGAGCGAGAUCGCGUUCUACGGCAAGAUGGACGAGCCGCAGCUCGACAUCCGCGACCGCGUGGUGGCGUACGUCUUCCGUCUCAUCGACGCGGACACCUACGAGAUGGACGUGCGCGACCUGCACGUGGGGUCCGACGACAACACGGUGGUGAAGAUCACGUUCACACGGAAGAACUUCGAUGAGCUGCGCGCCGGUCUCGGUGCGCGCGGCGUGGGGGACGUUCGGCGGGAUGGAGAGCACCUCUCCGGACCGGACGGUCACCUCGCGUUCGACGCCGUCUUCGACGAGCGUGAAGAUCGCCUCGCCCUCGAGGCAGAGGACGAUCUGCUCGUUGACGUGGUGGUGCACCUCGACGCUGAACCCCGGGUGGAGCGUGAGUUUCGCGAGCAUCAUGUGCACGCCGAUCACGCGCCGGCGGUCGAUGCGGGGCAUGGGGGUCUCGAGGGGGAUGUCGUCCCAGCUCAGGUCGUCGGGCUGGUCGGUGUCUCGGGUGAAGUGUUCGACGUCGCGCCGGACGCUCGCGAUGAGCGUGGCGGAGUCCUUCGAGCGUUUGGCGGCCGCGGCGACGGAGGCCUUGAGCCGCUCGACACCGAACUGCUCGCCCUCGGUGUUGGCCCAUUCGAAGAAGCCGUCGGUGACGAAGACGAGGGCGUCGCUGGGGGCGAGUGUGAUGGGGUCGAUCUCGUUGAAGACGGUGUCGGGGAGGACGCCCAGGGGGAGGCCGUCGGCGCUGCGGGUCUCGACGGUCCCGCUGGCGUGGCGGUAAAUGAGGAUGGGGCCGUGGCCGGCGCUGACCAUGCGGACGUCGCCGGAGCCGGGGGUGAGCAGGGCGAUGACAAAGGUGACGAAGCGGUCCGGCGGGAGGUCGGCGGAGAGCAGGCUGUUGAUGCGGGUGACGACGUCGUGCAGGCCGAGGUCCGGGUGGACGGUGGCCCGGGCGUAGGCUCGGCAGAAGGCGGUGACGAGGGCGGGCCCGAGCCCGUGUCCGGUGACGUCGGCGACGGACAUGGCGACGGCGCCGUCGGGGAGGGGCUGCCAGUCGUAGUAGUCGCCGCCGGUCUGGUCGGCGGGGCGGUUCCAGCCGGCGACGUGGUAGCCCGCGAUCUCGGGCUGCUCGGUGGGCAGGAGGUUGCGCUGGACGCGGGAGGCGAUGUCCAUCUCCUGCUCCAUGCCCUCGCGCUGCUCGGUCUCGUCGAGCUGGGUGUGGACGUGGGCCGCGACGCGGCGCGCGACGAAGGACGCGGCGAGGCCGUUGAGGAGGAUGCCUCCGCUCAUGGAGUAGAGGAAGACCUCCGAGAGCACGCCGAGCGCGGGGUCGAGCUGGUCGGUCAUCACGGCGUAGGUCAAGAGCGUGGCGUGCUGGGCGGCGCAGAGGACGCCCGAGAUGAGCGAGAGCCUCGGGGAGAGGUGGAGGACGGAGAGCAUGACGAAGGCGGUGUAGAUGAACAUGGCGGGCGAGGCGAGGGCCUCGUCGGUGGGGAGGACGUUGUGGCGCCAGAGGAGGGCGAUGGUGAUGGUGGGGAUGGCGCUCUCGACGACGGCGUUCUCGUAGGGCAGGGCGCGGGAGACGGGCUUGUCGCGGCGUGCGCGGCUCGUGACGUAGGCGAUGCAGGCGAGCUCGUAGACGAUGGUGACGACGAUGGCGACGACGGCGAUCCAGGGGAGGUCCCGGCUCGAGAUCCCGGUGGUGAAGAUGUUCCGGAGCGUGACGAGCGCGAGCGCGCCGACGGCGAUGCCGAUGAUGCACCACGCCCGGUAGAUCUCGCUCUGGCGGACGACGUGCUCGAACGACGCGCUGGCGCGGGGGGUCUCCCGGGAGGGUCCGUUCAUGCGCCGGCUUCCACGAGGGCCUUGACGCGCUCGGGGUGGUCGCCGUCGAGCUUCUUCAUCGCGGCGAAGAUCAUCGGGGCCAUGAGCUUCGUGAGCACGCCCUUGAGCGUCGCGGUGCAGGUGAGCGUCAGCUCGGUGCCGCCGCCCGGCGCGUCGGCGAGCGUUCGGCGGGUCGUACGCGGUGAUGCGGAUAUCCGCGGUCGCGUCGCGCUUGCCCAUCUUGCGGGUCUCGCGGAAGGCGUAGCCCUCGCGCAUCGGGCCCUCGGUGAGGGGCUCGAUGCCGGUGACGCUGGGCGAGAGCUUGGGCGCGUUGCCGAGGUCGGUGAUGACGUCGAAGACGGCCUGCUUCGGCGCGUCGAUGGUCGCGCUGGUCUGGAAUCCGCCCAUGUCGAUCGCUCCUCGUCUCGGGUGCCGCGAGUGGGUGGCCAGUGUACCCGAGUCCGGCGUGUGGACCGCGUCGGCGCAAAAACCGAUACCUUUGAAGGGGACGUGGCGAUUUCCCUCACUCGCGCGGAGAAAGGACUCGACGUGCGCCGAUUCGUUCUGAUGUGCGUGUUCGCGGCCGCGGUGUGCGCGGGCGCCCGCGCCCAGGACCGGGGGGGAACCUACGAGAUCGAGACGAUCGGGCCGUUCGAGGGCCUGAGCGGUGAGGCGCUGACGCGCGAGGACGUGCUCGGCCUGCGCGUGCUGCUCGUGCGCGUCGGGGGCGAGGGCGGCGCGCUGGUCGCGCCGGGCGAGGCGGGGGAGGGCGACGGGGACGCGGAGCCCGUCGUGGUGACGAUCGCGGAUCUCGGGGGCGAGCGCCUGAGCGCUGGCGCGGUCCGCGCGGCGCUGGAGGCGGUGCCCGCGGCGUACGCGGCCAAGGGGUACCGGGGGAUCCUGGUCACGGUCGAUGAGGCGGCGCUCGCGGAGGGGCGGUUGGAGCUGUCGUUCCUCGAGGGGCGCGUGGGCGAGGUGCGGUCGCUGCUGCGGCGCGAGGGGGACGAGGCUGUGGUGAACGAUCCGCGGGCGGAGCGCCUGCGCGCGCGGGUGCCGGCGCGGGCGUCGAGCGGGGACGAGCCGGGGAGUCUGGUGGACCUCGCGACGCUCGACGGCUUCGCGCACCAAUUGAGCCGGCACCCGAACCGGCGUGCGGACAUCGCGCUCUCGCCCGGCCCGCGGUCCGGCAACGAGGGCGACCUGACGCUGGACCUGUUGCUGACGGAGUCCGCGCCGCUGCUGCUGUACGCGCAGGCGUCGAACACGGGCACGGAGGAGACCUCCGAGUGGCGCGAGCGUUUCGGGCUCACGCACUUCAACCUCACGAACAGCGACGACAUCCUCACGCUCGACUACGUCACGGGCUCGUUCGAGGGCGUGCACGCGGCGAUCGGCAGCUACGAGGCGCCGCUCGACAGCGCCGGGCGCGUCCGCGGGCGGGUCGACGCGCUGUACUCUCGAUACGACGCCUCCGAGCUGGGCGUGCUGCUCGUGGACUUCCGGGGCGAGACCGCGAGCGCCGGCGCGGAGGUGGCGUGGAACGUCUACCAGCGCGGCCCGGCGUUCGUCGACCUUUUCGCCGGGGCGCGGUUCGAGUACCACGAGGUGGAGAACAACAUCGGCAUCGAGACGGACAACACGUUCCUCAUCCCGACCGUCGGCGUCCGGUUCGAGCAGCGGACGGACGCGUGGAGCCUGGACGCCUCGCUCGCGCUGGAGUUCAACUGGGCGUCCGCGGGCGGUACGGACGAGAGCGACAUCGACCUGCUCGGGCGCUUCGACACGGACGCGGACUUCGCGCUGCUCGUCUACGACGCGACGUGGAGCGCGUACCUCGACGCGCUGCUCGGCGAGGGCGCGUCGCGCGUCCACGAGAUCGCGUUCGGCGCGCGCGGGCGCGUCUCGUUCGACGACCGACUCCCCCCGGGGUUCACGGACGUGGUCGGCGGGUUCUACACCGUCCGAGGGUACCCCGAGGCGUUCGCGAGCGGCGACCGGAGCGUGAUCGCCAGCGCCGAGUACCGUUUUCACCUGCCGCGGGCGCUGACGGCGUACGGCGAGGGCGAGGGCCCGGGCGAGCUGUUCGGGGACGAGUUUUACUGGCGACCGGCGCACGCCGGCGGGCUGACGGACUGGGACCUGGUGCUGCGCACGUUCGUGGACAUCGGGUGGGUGGGGACGGUGGAUGCUUUACCGUUCGAGGGCGACGAGACGCUUAUCGGAGCGGGUGUGGGCGUGGAGCUGUCGAUCAAGCGGACGUUCAGCGCGCGGCUGGACUGGGCCUGGGCGUUACGGGACGCGGAAACCGCGGACGAUCGCGUGGAUUCGGGGGACAACGAGCUGCAUCUGGUUUUCACGACACGAAUGCCCUUGAUGUUCAAGAGUCGAGAUGCACACCGCCCGCCCCGCGCGCGCGCCGCGCUGGCCCUGCUCGCGUGCCUCGCGGGCGGGACGCUCAGCGCUCCGGCAACGGCGGGGAACGGCGAGGGCGUGCGCGUGGACCGCGUCGUCCGCGGCAGCGCACAGCUCACGCGGAACGGUGCGCUCACGAGCAUCACGGCGAGCGACGGGGCGAUCAUCAACUUCGGCCGCUUCGAUAUCGCCCGGAACGAGGCGGUCCGCUUCGUCCAGCCGGGUGAGUCCGCCCGUGUGCUCGGGCGCAUCCUGAGCGGGACCCCCUCCCAGAUCAACGGCGCGCUGAGCGCCAACGGCUCGCUCUACCUUGUCAACCCCGCGGGCAUCGUCUUCGGUCGCGGGAGUGUUGUGGACGUCGGCAAGCUUUAUGCCGCGGCGGGCAACAUCACGGACGCGGAAUUCAUCGCGGGCGUCGACCGCUUCACCGCGUCCGACGGCGCGGUGGUGAACCGGGGCGUGAUCUCAGGGCGCGACGCGGUGCACCUGAUCGGCAAGCGGGCGGAGAACUACGGCUCGAUCGUGGCGCCCAACGGCGUCGUGACCCUCAGCGCGGGCGACGAGGUCUUCCUCGGCGAGUCGGGCGGGCGGGUGAUGGUGCGCGUCGACGCCUCGGCUCCCGCGCCGGGCGAGGGGUCGGUCGGCGUCGUGCACGGCGGCGAGAUCGAGGCGCGCGACGCGCUGUUCACCGUCGGCGACGUCUACUCGAUCGCCAUGACGCGCAACAGUUCCGUGCGCGCGAGCGGCGGGGUGCUCGUCGAGGCCGACCGGGGGGAGACGGUCAUCGAGGGCUCGGUCGAGGUCGCGUCGACGGACGACGGCGGCGAGACGCCGGUGCCCAUCGGCUUCGAGACGCCCCGGAUCAUCCCGGAGCUGCUCCCGGACCCGAACAUCCCGGCGUCGAUCAUCAUCGUGUUCGGCGGGACGGGGGACAUCAACCUCGGUCACCUGAACGCGGGGACGAUCUACCUGGACACCACCGGCGCGAUCAACGCCUUCUCGCUGACCGCGGGCUCGCAGAUUUUCCUGCGCGCCUCGGCGAUGAGCUUCGGCAUGGGCCCGAACCAGGACGACGUCGUCCGCGGGUCGGGCACGCUCACGAUCCUCCCGGUGAGCGGCACGGAGCUGUUCCUGGGCGUGCCCGGUCUCAACCCGGGCGACGUGCCCGGGCUCGUGCUCCCGCAGAGCGAGCUGGACGCGAUCCGCCCCGGGUUUUCGCUCAUCCGCUUCGGCGACCAGUUCACCUCGGGCGUCACGAUCGGCGGGCCGGGGAGCACGAUCGUCUUCGAGGACCCCGUGGAGUUCCGCACGAACGCGCCGAACCCGGCGCACUUCGUCCGCGUCAACGGCACGCUCCGCGGGCUGGACGACGGCCGGUUCACGUUCAUGACGACGCCCGGCCGCAUCCUGCUGGACGGGACGGUCGAGACGGCGGGGGGCGAGGUCUUCUUCGGGUACCCCUUCGCGCCUUUCGUGGGCAUCGGGGCGACGCUGCUCGGCGAUUCGCGCGUCGACACGACGUUCGGCGGCGCGGCCGGCGGUCGCGUCACCUUCACGGGCGCCGUCGACGGGCCCUUCUCCCUCGCGCUGAACGCGGGGGACGCGCCGGCGGUCUUCGGCGGGAACAUCGGCGGGGCGGCGCCGCUGACGGGCUUCGCGCUCGAAUCCGCGAGCGUCGCGAAUCUGGCCAACCGGACCAUCGAUACCACGGCCGGCGCGGGCGGCGUCUUUCUCAACGCGGGUGCGCUCGACCUGAGCGGCGCGGCGCUCGCCUUCGGCGCGGGCGACGCGGAGCUCGCGUUCGGCACGCUGGCGUUCGACGCGGGGACGAUGCUCACGGGCGACGCGCUCGUCAGCGAUGUGACCGUCCGCGGGCGCACCGGCGCGGAGACGCUCGGGCUGAGUGACGCCUCGGCGGACGUGGACCUCGACCUCACGCUCCUCGACGGCGUGACAGCGGCGCGGUUCGUCGUCGGCGGCGCGAGCCAGACGGGGGAUCUCUUCGCUGCGACGGACGCGGACGUGGACAUCGCGAACUUCUCGAACACCGUGCGGCUCGAAACGACCGGGCGGACGACUCUCGCGGGCGAGCUCGCGGUCGUGGGCGGGCUCGAGAUCGCGAGCGACGUGCGCGUGGGGCAGGACGCGAGCGGCACGCUCCGCGGCGCGGGCGUGGAGAUCGAUGGGGACAUUGACGGCACGACCGGGAGCGGCGCGGAGCGCCUCACGCUGGACGCACGGGGCGGGAGCUUCGCCCUCGCGGGCACGGUGAGCGGCUUCGAGGGCGUCGCUGACGCGACGGGCCUCGCGGAUGUCUCGUUCGUGAACGGCCAGUCUCUCUCGCUCGACGGCGUGAGCGUGAGCGGGACGGUCGAGACCGACCUGAGCGGGCCGGUGAGCGCGAGCGGGAGGGUGAGCGCGGGGGCGCUGGACCUGAUCGCCUCGGCGAUCGGCCUGAACGCGGGGUUCGACGUGGCGGGCGGCGUGGCGUUCGGCGCGCCGGCGACCAUCGGCGGCGCGGUGUCGACCGCCGGUGGGGACGUCACGACGGGCGACCUCACGCUCACCGGCGCGGGCAUCGACGCCGGGAACGGCGCGAUCGGUGUCCUGGGCGACCUCGGCGUGCAGAGCGACGCGACGCUGAGCGGCGCGACGGUCACCCUCGCGGGCGCGACGAGCUCGACGAACGGGAGCGACCUGGCGAUCGACGGCGACGCGAGCUUCGCGCAGGACGUGACGGAUCUCGGAUUGCUCGCCGUGGACGGGACAACGCUCUUCGGGGCGAACGUGGGCACGGUCAGCGCCGGCGCGAUGGCCUUCAACGGCGAGACGACGGUCCUCGCGCCGUCGAUCUCGCUUGAUGCGGGGACCUCCGUGGCGUUCAACGCCGGGCUCUUCUCCGGCACUGGUAACGAGGCGUCGCCGAUCCGCACCGCGCUGACGGUGAACGCGCCCGAGACCCUUUUCGCGCAGGGCGCGGGCGACGCGGACGGGCGCGAGUUUUCGCUCAUCCGCACCACCGGCGCGGGCACGACGCGGAUCGGCGGCACGCUCCGCGCGAUCGGCGACGGCACGCCCGCCACGGGCGUCCGCCUCGACGGCGACGCGGCGCUCGACGGGGCGAUCGAUGUCACCGGCGGCGCGAUCAACCUGGGCGGCGACCUGCUCGUCGAGGGCGACUCGUUCAUCCGAUCUCAUUCCGGGCCGGGCAUCGUCAUCGCGGGCGAUGCCGACAGCGCCGCGGGCGAGGCGAACGACCUCACGCUCCUCGUCAACGCGCUCGGCGUCGCGAGCAUGGACGAGAUCCCGGUCAUCGUGCUGGGCGGGGACGCCGGCGCGAGCGGCGCGUUCGGCGACCUGAUCCUGAACACGACCGUGCUCGGCGGCACGAGCGAGGACCCGGUCCUCGAAUCGCGGCGCGACGGCGUCCCGCGCGUGGCAACGGUGGUCUUCGGCGACGUCACGCUCAACGCGGACGGGACGCACACGGUCGGCGCGAUCACGCCGGAGGGCGCGGAGGCCGUGGGCGCGGCGCGGAUCGUCGCGGACCGAUUCAUCACCGGUUUUGGCGAGAAGAUCACGGCGCUGGGCUCGAUCGACAUCCAGACCGGCACGCUCGCGGCGGUGGGGGACAUCUCCACGCUGAACGACCUGAUCAUCAACUCGGGCGGCUCGGUGCUCCUGCUGCUGCGCGACGACGCGCCGGUGCGCACGAGCGCCCCGCGCGACGGCAUCGAGAACCCGACGUCGAUCGCGGAGCUCGAAGAGCCGCCGGUCGACCGGGGCACGGGCUACGCGAGCGGCGGGCUCCUGCUGAUCACCGGCGACGUGCGCACGAUGACGGACCCGAACGCGACGAACGCGCGCCCCCGACCGACCUUCGCCUCCCUCGCGGCGCUCGUGGAGCCGAUGACGAUCACCGUCGACGGCCGCCCGAUCCGCGUGACGCCCAUCGAUUUCGGCAUCUCGAUCGGCGACCUGCGGCUGGACCGCGCGACGUUCGCCGAGCUGUCGAACGAUGUGCUGCUGGACCUGUUCAUCCAGAGCGCCGGGGGACCGAUCGCCCCGGUCACGACCGACCCCUCCGGGCAGGACCCGCUGACCGACGAGAGGAUCAUCGAGGAGCGGGCGCGCGACUUCGCGACCGGCCCGGUGCUCAACCGCUACGACCGCGCGACGCUCGCGCGCUACGGCGUGCCGACGCGCCUCGUCGCGACGGGCGUCGACCGGUGGGAAGACGUCCUGCUCUACGACGACCGCGACGGCGGCGCGAUCUCCGCCGACCGCAUCUGGGCGAUCAACGCGCGGUCGUUCGUGGACUACGUCGUGAUGGUCUUCGAGGAGGACGAGGCCGGCAUGGCCGCGUUCCGCGAGCGGCUCGCGUCGGCGUUCGUCGGGUCGGACGCGGCCGGCGUCGCCCGGGUCAGCGAGACGGACGGAACGCUCGCGAGCGGCUUCGCCGCGCUGGCCGAGGCGAUCGAUCGUCUCGGCAACCUGGGCCUGACCGAGACGGAAUUCGAGCGCUCGCGCUCGCUCCUGCUCGCGUUGCACGUGGUGACGGGCGGCGUGAGCGAGGCGCAGGUGCUGGACGUCCUGUCGACCGGGUCGCGCGACGCCAGCACGCGCACGCCGAGCGUGUCGCCCACCCAGAGGCGUGUCGGCGUCCGGACGGCGAAGACCGGCUCGAUCGGCGGCGCUGCCGCCUCGGUGAGCGGCGGCGGGGCGGUGGCGCACCCGGUGAGCAGUGCGCACACGCAGGCGAGGCCGAUCGAGGCGGAUGUGGUCACGCGUUCCCGCAUGCACAGGGCAUCGGCCCGAUCCGGUGACGACUCCGCGGGGCCCGAGCGGGUCGGCGAUUCAAUCGCCCGAAGCCGCUCGGUUGCGCGGCCUUUUUCCUGUUAUCGGUGGUUCGGCCCGCGAAGUUCCCGGGUGCUUGCCACGGGCGACCGGCGCGGGGAUCGCCUUGAUGAGGUCCUCGGGGAUUUUGCAGCAGGGGGUGGGCUCGUCGCCUCGGAGCUCGUUGCAGCUCUUGACGGCACGCUCGUAGCUCUUGACGUAGUCGACGCAGGGGGGGCACUUAUCGAGGUGGGCCUCGAACUCGGCGCGGAGGUUGGUUUGCUCACGUUGCUCACAGGUUCACCUCCCCCUCCAUCAGUGACCGCAGACAUCGGCCGUUUGCUUGGUAUCCAACUGUUCGAUGUCGCGAAGGACGACGACGUUUCGGUAAUCCUCGGGGAGUUCUUCGAUCUUUUCCCGGACGAUCCGCUGGAGUUCCUCGCGUUCGAGGCGUUCGUCGACCCGCGGGCCGACCGCCUGUCCGAGAAUCCGGUGGCCGGAGUCGUCGAAGGUGGGGAGCAGGCCGUCGAGGGAGGUGCGGGGGGACCGCUUGUUCUUGCGGAGGCGGGCGAGGGCGGCGUUCACCACGAUCCGGUGGAGCCACGUGGAGAGUUUCGAGUCGCCCUGGAAGGAGUCGAUGUUCUUCCACGCGCUGAGGAUGCCGUCCUGGAAGGCGUCGCGGGCGUCGUGCUCGUUGCCGGCGACGCGCCGGGCCGUGGCGAGGAGGCGCGGGCCGAGCUCGCGGAGGACGUCCUCCAUCGCGGUCUCGUCCCCGGACUUGAGCCGCUCAACAAGUUGAGCUUGCCGGGCGUCCUCGUCGCUCUGCGCGGGCUGGGAUUCGUGCGGGGUGGUGGUCAUGAGACUGCCACGAUAGCCGGGACCAACCCCAUGAGACCCACGACCCGACGCCUCGCCCCGAUCCUCGCCGCCCUGGCGAUCGCCUGCUCGCCCGCGACGGCGGCGGACGAAUCGCUCAUGGACCCGACGAUCGACGGCGCCCCCCGCGCGGCCCUGGUCUCUUCGGUCGGCCACCUCCUCCCCGCGGAAACCGGCAAGACGGAGUGGAUCGUUCCGGACGAGAUGGGCGGGGAGGCGUCGCUCGAGAGCUUCGAGGGCGAGGUGCUCGUGCUCCAAUCGUUCGACACGAGCAACGCGCGCUCGCGUGCGGCGAUGCGCAGGCUCAUCGCCGCGAUGGGCACGGCGAGGGACCUGGACGGGGUGACCAUCGUCGGUGUGCACACGCCGAAGAACUCCGAGACCGCGAGCCGCAUCGUGCGGACGCAGAUGAAGAACAUCCCGGUGCUGAUCGACCACUCCGGGCACUGGUGCGACGAGGUGGGGAUCUACGAGACGCCGACGACGAUCGUGGUGGACCGCGCCGGCGUGAUCCGCCACGCGGGGAUCAACCUCACGCACGUCCGCGAGGUCGUGACGGAACUCGCCGGCGAGGCGGCCUCGACGACGAACGCCAAGCCGCUCCCGGCGCGGGACGCGCGGGUGAAGGCGGUCCCGACGCGGGCGAAGGCGACGGCGUACCCCGCGCCGAAUCCGAACGUCGGGCGCGCGACGAACGUCCAGGGCAAGAAAGCGCCGGAUAUCACGGCCGAGAAGUGGCACACGGGCAUCCCGAACACCGAGGGCAAGGUGAUCGUGGUGGAGUUCUGGGCGACGUGGUGCGGGCCGUGCAUCAAGAACAUGCCGCACCUGAACAAGCUCGCGAAGGAUUUCAGGGACUCGGUGGUGAUCGUCGGGAUGUCCGACGAAUCGGCGCAGAAAGUGUCGAACUUUGUCCGCUCGCGCGGGCUGAGCUACGUGAUCGGGAGCGACCCGCAGCGUCGCCUGUUCCGAUUCGCGAAUCCCGCUGGCAUCCCCUACGCGUGGGUGCAGUCGCCGGACGGCAUCGUCCGCUGGCAGGGCCAUCCCGCGAGGCUCACGGAAGAACUCCUCGAACAGAUCGUCGAGGCGAGCGGGGCGGGCGAGGGGCCCGAAGAGUCCGGGCGAUGGGUCACCGACGCGUCCGAGUGCGGUGACCGUCUCGUCCCAGCGCUCGGCGACGAGGCCCCGGUCCUUCGUGUACCAGCGGUCGGUGACGCGCUCGGCGUUCGCGGCCCGCAGGUCGGACUUGAACUCGAUGCGCACCCGCACGGCCUCGACCGUCCCGAUGGGGAGCGUGAGGCGAUCGAGCGAGGCGAUGGUCAUGGUGACGGUGGCGGUCCCGCGUUCCUUGAGGGAAUCGGGGUUCUCGAGCCGCCGGAUGCGGAUGUCCAUCUCCUGCGUCUCGCCGUCGAGGGGCCAGAGCGUCUGAUCGGGGUCGACGUCGACGAUGACGUCGCGCUCGACGUUGCGGAACUCGGUCUCGGUGGCGGUGUCGCCCUCGAGGCGGACGGUCUGCUCGUUGAGGACGGUCCCGUCCUCGAGCGUGCGGGUGAUGGUCACGGUGUCGUUGUCCCGGACGGUCGCGACGGUGAGCGUCUCGCCGGCGGCGUCGCCCCGGAGGAUCUCGAAGACGGCCUCGCCCUCCUCGAAGAGGGUGACGAUCGAGAUCGCGUCGCCCGGUGCGGAUUCCUCGAUGACGGCGGGCUCGAACUCGCCGACGGAGCGGGGCGGGCCGGAGCAGCCCUGCAGGAGCGCGAGGGCGAGGAGGCCGGUGAGGGCGGUGCGGACGGAACUUUUUGCGCGGUGCGACAUAUCGUGACGAUAUACUCGCGGACCAUGGGCAUGUGUGCCAAAUAUUGUGGAUUGGCGGUUCUCCUCGCGCUGGGCGGGUGCGAGCAGGGGUCGAUGCUCGACUUUUCCGGCCCCCAGAACACAUCCACCGAGACCAACGAUUCCAUCCUGACGCUCUUCUCCGGGCCCACGCCCGUGCAGGCGGUGCAGAUGGCGACGAACACGGCGGACCCCGACGAGCGGGUCCGCGGGACGCUCCUGCUCGCGAACGCCCCGUGGGGCGGCGAGGACGUCUACCUCCGCCUCUACCGCGAGCACAUGGCCGACGAGGACGCCGGCGUCCGCGCGGUCGCGAUCCGGGCGCUGAGCCUCCACGGCACGCCGGAUGACGUCCCCGCCAUCGUCGAGCAGCUCAAGAACGGCAACGACGUCGUCCGCGAGGAGGCGGCGCGGGCGCUGCAGCGGAUCCACGCGCCCGAGGCGAUCCAGCCCCUGCUCGCCGCGUCGGACAUCCGCCAGGAAGAGAACUGGAAAGUCCGCCAGUACGCCUCGGUCGCCCUCGGGCAGUACGCCGAGCGUCGUGUGGUGGACAAGCUGAUCGAUUCGCUGACCGACCACGAGCUGUCGGUGAACCGGGCGGCGCUGCGGUCGCUCCGGAUCCUCACGGGUCAGGACCUGGGGUUCAACACGCGGGCGUGGCUCACGUGGGUGAACAGCUCCGGUGAGCUCUUCGCCGGUCGCGGGGUGUACGAGUACCCGGUGUUCCAGCGCGAGCCCAACAUGUUCGAAGCGAUCGUGCCCUGGCUCGAAGUGCCCAACGAGGAGCCGGCGUCGCCCGUGGGGAUGGAGCGGCUCGCGUCCCGCCCCGCGCCGACCGACGACGACGGGGGCACCUGCCGCGUGGAGAACGUCGAGACCCUGGCGGACGAGCCCGGCUACGCGAUCGUGACGAUGAGCACCGCCUCGGUGUGCCUGGACGACGUCCGCGUCGCGAAGGAGAUGCGCGCGGACGACCCGAUGACCAUGGGGCGCGAGGGCGUGGGCGUCGUGGCCUCCGUCGGCGAGGGCGACGACGACUCGCUCGUGGGGACGCGGGUGACGUUCGAGUCCUCGUUCCCGUGCCGCACGUGCGAGCUGUGCAAGAAGGGCCUCUCGGCGCACUGCCGCGAGCGGGUGGACUUGGGCGAGGAAGACGGGCUGGAGGGGUGCUUCGCGGAGGCGGUGAAGAUCCCGGUCAAGGGGCUCGUAAAGGCGCCCGAGGCGUUGGACGACGAGCGGGUGCUGUGUGCGCGGGUCUUCGCGCUGGCGCGCCACGCGGGGCAGCGGGUGCGGAUCGACGGGCGUCCGUACAUCACGAUCCUGGGCGACACGCGCGAGGCGCUGGUGAUGGGGCAGGUGAUGAGCCGGCUCAACGCGCAGGUGCGCGUCAUCUCGUGGAAGGACGAGCGGCUCGCGCUGUGCGAGAAGUGGGGCAUCCGUCACCGCCACGCCGACGAGCCGGGUCUGCACGCCGAUCAGGACGUCGUCAUCGACUGCGCGGGGACCUACGAAAGUGUUGAGAUGACCAUGGCGAUGAUCCGCCCGCGCGGGACCGUCCUCGCGACGGUGGAGCACGGGCUGCUCGUGCACGCGACGUCCGUCGUCGGCAAGGAGCUGGACGUGCUCGGCACGGGCGGGGGCACGAUCGCCGAGGGCCUCGCCCUGCUCGCGGACAGCGCCUACCAGACCGCCGGGCUCUUCACGAAGCGUUCGACGAUGGACAACGCGGUGGAGGCCGUCCACGCGAUGGCGCUGGACGAGCUCGGCGCGACGAUCGAGUUCUGA